GCAGCUACCAUAUGCAACAAGCACAUCCACACUUGCAGCAGCAACACACAAGGUUGAGCGAUCGAUCCAAAUGGCGCCUGCUGCUGCAGCAACGAAGCAAGAUGGGGAGCUGAGGAUCCUCUGCAUCGACGGUGGUGGCAUCCGUGGCCUCAUCCCGGCCAAGAUCCUGGAGUACCUCGAAGCCGAGCUCCAGAGGAUUGAGGGGUCGUCGACGGCCAGGCUCGCCGACUACUUCGACUACAUCGUCGGCACCAGCACCGGCGCCCUCGUCACCACCAUGCUGGCCGCCCCCGACAAGGACAACCGCCCACUCUGCACGGCCAAGGAGAUCAUCGACCUCUACCUCGAAGAGGGUGCAGGAAUCUUCACAAACGAGCACAAGGCGACAUGGGCUCAGGUGGUGCUGGAGGCCGUGCUCCUCUACAUCAAGUACUACGAUGGCGACAACAAGACCCUGCGGUCCUUGCACGACAUGCUCGCAGUCGGGUUGGCCAUCGAGCCCUUGCUCCGCCCCAUCCUCGACGCGCUGAUCCACGCCAACGGUGGCGGCCUGCAGCAGCUAGCCGCGGCACCCCAUGACCCUGACGAUGCAGCGAGCAACGGCGAUGAGGCGCCGCCGGCGAAUAUGGAGGACUGCAUCCAGGAACAUGCUGGAGCCAUCCUGCAGGCGAUGUGCCGUGCGCAGGGUCUGGCGCUGGACUCGACGCCUUUCGAUGAGUGCAUCAAGGAGUUCGUGGAGGGCCUGCGCAUGACGCUGCUGAACCCGGAUUUCGUCAGGUACGCGCUGCUCCGCCCCAAGUACGACGGCGAGGGGCUCCGCAAGGUGGUCAGAGGGAAACUCGGCGACCGCAAGCUUAAGGAAACCGUCACCAACGUCAUCGUGCCCACGUUCGACAUCAAGCGCAAUCAGCCUGUGGUCUUCUCCACCUCUAAGGCGCAACAGGAUCGGGUGAUGAACCCCAACCUCUCGGACAUUUGCAUCGCCGCAACUGCCGCGCCAACAUUCUUCCCUGCCCACAAGUUCUACAUUAUAAACUUGUGUCCACUAAAUUUCGAAUUGGAGGAGUUUAACCUAAUUGACGCCGGCAUGUUCGCCAACAAUCCGACCACGGUGGCGAUGAACGAGGUUUGGAGGAUGAUCGACCGGGGCGAGCACCUGCCGGUGGAGGGGUUAUCGCCCAUGGACUGCAGCAAGCUGCGCAUCCUCUCCGUCGGCACCGGCGUGGUGAACCACUCCUACACGGCCGACGAGUGCAACUGGUGGGGUGUCCUCCCGUGGAUGUACAACGUCCGCAACAAAACCCAGCCGCUGGUCGACACGCUCAUGUACGCCACCGGCUCCCUCGUCGACUACAACGUCGCCCUGCUCUUCAAGUCCCAGGGCUACGAGGACCACUACUUGCGCAUCCAGGAGGAUCACCUGGACCCUUCUCUUGGAGCCAUGGACGACACCAGCAGCAUGGAGAAGCUCAUCGAGACCGGGGAGAACCUCCUGGACAGGCAGGUCUACCGGACGGACUGCGAGACGAGGGAGUACCGGCCGGUGAAGGGCGCGGGGACCAAUAAGGAGGCGCUCACCAAGCUCGCCGAGCAGCUGGUCGCCGAGAGGCGCCGAAGGGAGGCUACUGCACCGCCGAUGUUGCUGAUGAGCGUCACCGAGAUUGCCACCGUCGUCGAGCCAAGGCCCAAAAGGCUCAAGCCUACCUACGUCGUGCAGUAAUUAAGAGCUACCCUGCACCUGCAUGUUGCGUGUCUACGUCUCAUCUAUCUAUCUAUCUAUCCAUCUAUCUACACGCGCUAUCUAUCUAUCCAUCUAUCUAUCUAUCUAUCUAUCUAUCUACACGCGCGCACACACAAACAUUUAUAUUGUAACUGAAUAAAUGUGUAGCUUGCACUCAGUAUUGAUGAAUUAAUGCAUGGGUGCAUACAGCCGUUUGUAUGAAUGUUUGUGUACGAGUUUCAAUAA